AUGGCGGUCGAGGCUGUUCCUAGUUAGGGGAGCGAUUAAGCAACUUUUAACCGCAGUUUAAUAAGAUAACGUUAUUAAUCCGCUGACGUGAUGCGGUUGUAGUCUUCAUGAAAAUAACAUUUAUUGGUGAACGUGUAUUAACUUUGCCGUCGUUUACCGUAAGGGCAGCUGUCUAAGUUAGCAAGUCUGUGACAAGUUUGACGGUCGAACGCGGAGAGGCAGCACGGGCAGUUUUCCUUUAUCUCCAAAUUCAAAUUAGCUCCCUCGCAAGUUCCCAAAAUGUCGAAGGUGAAGGCGAACGCAGCUGAGUCGGGCACAGCUAAAUCACGACAGCCCAAAGCGUCAGAGAAGAAAAAGAAGACCAGAAAGAAGAAGAUACACUGGGUUAAGGACAAAUCUAACCUGAAACAGCCUGCAGCCGAGGAGGGGAAAACUAGAGCCGGGCAAACGCUACCCCCGAAAGAUGCCCAACAGUUCUCUGCCAACUGGAAAAUGCUGCAGGAGCUGCUGAAGACGAAUAAGCCACCAGAGAAGGAGCAGGCUGGGAUACAGAACUCCAAGAAUGUCAGUUCACAAAAAACAGACACCCAGAAGAAGUCUUCCACAAAGAUAUUUAAGAGCAACCCCGGCGCCACCCAGGAGGGCGCCGGGAAAGUGAGAAAGGACAAAGCUGUUCCAGGCAAAGUUGGCCUGAAGCAUUGUAAAGGGGAUGCGGAGGGUCCAAAUGGUUCUGAGGUACAACAGAGUAAAGUGAAACACAAGCGAAAGAACAAUGGAGAGAUGGUGAACUCAAAGCGGGCAGCAAAAAAGACGAAAGCAGCAGCAGCAGCGGAGGAGUUGAAGCCCACAGAAGCUGACCUGUGGUUUGAUGACGUGGACCCUGAUGACAUUGAGGCCACCCUGGGAGCAGAAGCGGCAGACAUCAUGAGGAGGAGGCAGGGCAUUCAGAGGAACUCCUCUGGUGACACUGAGAGUGCCCUGGUCAAAGAGGGAGCCUUCAAAGGCCUGACCAGGGCGGUGGCCAUCGACUGUGAGAUGGUGGGCGUUGGUCCAGACGGAGAGGAGAGCAUUGUGGCGCGCGUCUCACUUGUGAACCAGUUUGGGAAGUGCAUCUACGACAAGUUUGUUAAACCAACCGAGAAGGUGACCGACUACCGGACCGCUUUCAGCGGCAUCCGACCGGGAGACAUCAAAGACGGGGAGGACAUCCAGACGGUCCAGAUGGAGGUGGCUGACAUCCUACGGGGGAGGAUAGCAGUGGGCCACGCCAUACACAAUGACCUGAAGAUUUUACUUUUGGAUCAUCCCAAAAAGAAGAUCCGGGACACCCAGAAGUAUAAACCUUUCAAGCAGAUGGUAAAGAGCGGUCGACCAUCACUGAAAGUGCUCUGCAGAGACAUUCUCCAUGUCAAAGUACAACAGGGAGAACAUUCCUCCGUCCAGGAUGCGCAGGCCACCAUGAGACUGUACACACUGGUGAAGAAGAAUUGGGAGGCCGAGAUCAAAACCAAACAGAGAAACAAUGGCACAAAGAACGAGAGAAAACCCCAAUCCGCUAAAAAGGAGAGCAGCCAUCUGACGGGAUCAUGAGUUCAAACUGGUGUCUGUCUGCUGGGAGACGACAGACCACUGGAGGCUUGACUGGAAAUAUCACCGGGUUUGUCGAAAUAAAACAAAAGCACCAACUGGCAGAUUAAAUUUGCAUUUAUAACGCUGAUCAGCACAAUAUGGGAAGUUGUGAACCAGCUGUGAAAACUGAUCCACAAAGAAAAUAUCUCCAGUAACGAUGCUUUACAGGAGUUAGAAAAUGGCAGACAUGAAAAAAAACAAGAAAUCAUAUCAAAGCGUCUCUGAAUAUUUAUGAGGCUGUUGGAGAGAUGAGGCUGAGUUUUAGCCUGAGGUCUUUACACUUGAGAGCGCUCACCGUUCUUUAGCCGAGACCCGGUCCGGGUCAGGAGGACCCCGUGGUCAGAUCUCAGAUCGGUGUGGUCGGUUGACUGUCGGUACAAAGCGGUUUAAACAGCUCACCUGUUCUUUUGGUCAUUUUCAUUCAGAACUUUUCCAGAAAACCAACUCCUGAAAUCUUCCUUGGUGUGGUCGGCAGCGGCCUCUUCUGUCAACAUCACAUAUACGGUGUGAAGUAUGUGUUUUUACACAUGUAUGUGUACACACAGACCUCAGCAGAACGUAGGAAUCAUUUGUGCGUGAUCACUGGUCGCCUUGCUGUUGUGUUGUUUUCAUCAUUGCGUUUGUGUGACGUUUGUUUAGAACCCGUCUCGCCAUGAUGUGUCUGUGUUUUAACAGCUGAUUCAUUCCUGAUUGGUGUGAAGAGUUUUCUUCAGGUUCUCUUUGAGAAACUUCGGAAUAAAAAGGGAGACUUGGUCUCUUAUGU